UUGAGUGCUAAGGAGAAGAAGAAGAAAGCAUCGAAAUUUGCAACUUUGAGGAAAAAGUUGACUCGAGCCAGACGUCACAGUAGAUCCUUGGAUUAUGGAAAGUCGCUGAAGGAGUUGUUAUCUACUUGGGGUAUCAGGGAUAUCAGUUCACUGGUUCAUGAAUACGAAGCUCUAGCAGCUGUUAAAGAAUUGGCAAUAGCUGCUAACUUAGCUCGACCUGUAGCUAAUUCUUUAACUCAAGACCUAUCCAAUUUGUAUGACUAUAAAUUUUGUACCGAUGUUGAUCUCAUUUAUAAAGGAGCCUGUUUUCCUGCCCAUAGAUCGAUACUGGCUAUCCGCAGUCCAUAUUUUAGGAACAUAUUGACUCGGUAUCCAGAUUAUGGUUGCCGAGUACCAAUCAAAUUAAAAACCCACGGAGUGGAUGUUCAACUAUUUUCUGCCAUUUUGAGAUUUUUGUAUACCGAUGAGUUAAAUACCCAAGAACUUAGCACUGAGAGCAAUGAGAUUCUGUCCAAACUAGCCGAAGAAUUUGGUACUCCAAAUCCUUUGAACCAUGACAUGAAAAAUCUUCUGGACAAUGGAGAUUUUAGUGAUGCUGUGUUAGUAUUUUCGUCCGACAACGAACACGGGGACCCUUUAGGCACAGUUGAUACUGCUCAAAGUAUGCACGCUGGUAGCAGUCGACUUACAAAACUGGAAAUCCCAUGUCACAAAGCAAUCCUGGCGGCACGUUCACCAUUUUUCAGGAACUUGAUUAUAAGACGUGCUCGGUCUGGAGAGGAACUGACAGAACGUGCAUUACGUGCUCCGUCUCGGAUUAUAUUAGAUGAAACGGUGAUAUCAAGACGUUAUGCUAGGGUAUUAUUAACUGCUAUUUAUCAGGAUUGUGUAGAUUUAUCUUGUAUUGUGCGAGGCAGCUCCAGUAUGUGUAGUUUAAGUGAGAUUCAAGCUAUGGUAGCUAGUGGUAAAUAUCAUAUGACAUUAUGUGAUGAAGCUAUGGAAAUCUUCCAAAUAGGGCAAUUUUUGGAUUUUCCAGUUCUGUCUCAAGGCUGUGAAGAUAUGAUAGUAGAAAGUAUUAAUACAGAAAAUCUAGUAUCAAUAUUGUCUUGGAGUUCCGAGGCUCAUGGUUCCAUGUGGGUACAUCGACAAGCACUACAUUACUUAACAGAAGAAUAUCUACAAAUAGCUCACUCUCCUGUUUUAUUCGAACUCUCCAAAAAUUAUUUAAUUGAAGCUCUUAGUUCAGACUUCUUACAAGCUGGAGAAUUAGAUGUACUUAGUUCUAUAUUAAAAUGGGGUGAACAUCAACUUAUUAAACGAAUUGAAGAACGAGAACCAAAUCUACUUAGUCACACUGCUCAUAGUGUUAGUAAAAAAGGAGUAAAAAAACGAGACUUGAAUGAUGUGGAAUUACGAGAGAUUUUAGCUAAUUUAUUACCAUUAAUUAGAAUGGAUCAUGUGAUACCCUAUAGUAAUGAUAUAUUAAAUGGUGCUAUAAAACGAGGAUUAGUUAGUACACCCCCAUCUCAUAUGUUAGGUGAUGACAUACCCUCUAAUAGAAUGUGUGCCUGGGUACGAGGUAGAAACAAUGGUAUAUUCGUACGUCCAAGGUUAUUUACGCCUUAUUAUGAUGAAGCUAAGGCUAUAUUAGAAGAACAACUAUCACAAGCUCAAGAUAUUGAUACAGGUCGAGUUAGAAUGAUCCAUAUGUCAGCUAUACCUGAUACUUUAUACAUGGUAGAAGAUAGACCUUUCUCUUUACCUUAUCCUACAACACCAGCUUCACCAGUUGAUAUUAUAGCUGGUACCAUACCAGUGCCUGAUAGGAGUACUAUGAUAUUAAUGAUGCAUAGAGAACAGGAAUUUCGAAAGAGUAAAUUGGCGGCACGUGCCUACUCUUUACCGUGUGCUGAUAAACGUAUGGUGACAUAUAAUAUACAGCUACGUGUGGUACGAGAGUUCGGUCUACCUGACAGUACAGUAGAAGUAUUACAG